CAAGGCAUGAGAACCAUCGUUGUGCGCCCCACCGGCUACAGAGCGGAAACCUCUUAUAUACUCUGAUGGAUUCACGUUACUGGACACAACUCUGUCUGCGUGCUAUUUGUGCAUCAGAAUGUGUAAAAAAAUGGUGAUGAGAUCCUUGGUGUGGUCGAUGGUGGUGGCACUUACUGUCGCACGCCCUGAGCCACCAUCUUCAUACGGCCCGCCUGCAACUUCGUACGGGGUCCCUGCGCAACAAUACGGGCCACCACAGCAACCCAUUGUGCAUAAACAUGUAUACGUUCAUGUUCCACCUCCAGAAAAUGAGUUGCCAAAACUUCAAAAACCCAUUUACGUGCCUCCACCUCAAAAGCAUUAUAAGAUAGUAUUUAUCAAGGCACCGACUCCACCAACCCCGACUGCGCCUAUUAUCCCGGUUCAACCUCAGAAUGAAGAAAAGACUCUUAUUUACGUGUUGUCAAAGAAACCUGAAGACCAACCAGAAAUUGUAAUCCCCACCCCAGCACCGACUCAGCCUUCCAAACCUGAGGUCUAUUUCAUUAGAUACAAGACACAGAAACAAGAAGGAUACCCAGCUGCGGCGCCUGCACCCCAAUAUGGUCCACCUGCUUCCGCUCCAUCGUCAGAAUACGGCGCUCCUUAAAUCAAACCUUAUACUAUAAACUAUCAACCAAAAACUAGAAACAUUAUACGCAAACAUGAAAACUUAAAAUUAUUGCUACAUAAUAUAUUUAUCAUUGUAUGCGAUAUUUGUGAUAGAAACAUUAAAUGUGCCAUUAGUUAAUGUAAUAGGUAACAUCAAAAUUGAAUGAUUUUAAACACAUUUGUGAUAAAAAAAUUUUAAAAAGAAAUUGUUAAAUUUAUCUGAAAGCAUUGAAGUUGCAUUUUCUAUAGGUCAAACGCGGGUGCGACUGUGAUGGAAGGGCGCCAACUGUAGAUAUAGCGUUAUUUUUAACAUGCAUCAAAUUGUUAUAAAUGUUCUUGUAAAUAUUUUAUUUUUGUACUUGUUAUUAAAGAAAAUAAUGAAUUA